UAUGUGAGCGCGAACCCGCGGCGACAGCGCGGCGUCAGCGUGCACGGCCACGACGACACGACCACCCGUCGUCUUCCCCUCGCUUCCAUUCCCCGCCACCACCCACGCCCACACUCCCACCCACCGCCCCGGCGAGCCGCAGCCGAUCGACCGGGAGCCGCCGCGCCGCAUUCCUCCCCCGCGCGCAGGCAGGGGGGAGAUCCGCCACCCGCCGACCUGCCCCGCCGCCCCGUUUCGCCCCUCCGUCCGAUGGCGCCGUCGCGGCCGCUGAUGCGCGGGAUCCGCCCGCCGAGGGUCUUCGCGUCCGGGCGCACCGGCCGGGCCUCGCCGUACGCGCUCGCGCUCGCCGCGCUGCUCCUCGCCUCCGCCUGCCUCCUCGCCCUCAUCGCCUUCGGCGUCUUCUCGCUCCCCGUCUCCUCCCCCACCGUCCCCACCACCGGCGCCGAGACCGAGUCGUCCGGCGGCGGCGGAGAGGCCGCAUCCGAAUCAUCCCGCCCCGCGCGCAACCGCGGCCGCCGCGACCUCAGCGAGGGGCUGGGGGAGCGCGGCGCGCAGUGGACGGAGGUCAUCUCCUGGGAGCCCAGGGCGUUCGUCUACCACAACUUCCUGUCUAAGGAAGAGUGUGAGUACUUAAUUGAAUUGGCGAAGCCUCGCAUGGUGAAAUCAACAGUGGUCGACAGUGAGACUGGUAAAAGCAAGGACAGCAGGGUUCGUACAAGUUCAGGCAUGUUUCUUCAAAGAGGACGGGACAAGGUUAUCCGGGCCAUUGAAAGGAGGAUAGCAGAUUACACCUUCAUACCUGCAGAACAUGGAGAGGGACUCCAAGUCCUGCACUAUGAGGUUGGGCAGAAGUACGAACCCCACUUUGACUAUUUUCUUGACGAGUUCAACACCAAGAAUGGUGGCCAGAGGAUGGCAACUAUUCUCAUGUACCUGUCAGAUGUUGAAGAAGGGGGUGAGACUAUUUUCCCGGAUGCAAAUGUGAACAGCAGUUCCUUGCCAUGGUACAACGAACUUUCAGAGUGUGCCAGAAAAGGUCUUGCUGUGAAGCCAAAGAUGGGAGAUGCGCUGCUUUUCUGGAGCAUGAAACCAGAUGCCACUCUAGAUCCACUAAGUUUGCACGGGGGCUGUCCGGUUAUCAAAGGGAACAAAUGGUCAUCAACCAAGUGGCUGCAUGUUGGCGAGUACAAAGCUUAGGCCUUCUGAACACAUUUUAAAGAUGACACGAUUUGAGCGGCAUGUGAGCUGGUCUCUUUACAGGAUGGCUUUACAGUUACAGAUCCACCCCUAUUGUGUGCAUUGCUUGUGGAGGAUAAUAUAUACAAGGCAGGCAACAAGCAGGGUGCUUCAUGUUGGAAUACUGACUCGGCAUUUUUCUUCGUCUUCUCUCGCGUCGCAGUGCCCCCGACAAGUUAUUAUAGAGGAAUGAAUAUGGUAUGAUGUAUCUAGUGUUGGGGGCUAUUAUAGUCCGGCUAUAGAUAGGAUGUGGAGCUCCAUUUUUGCAUGUCAUUCUUGUCCUGUUUGUAGCAAUUGCUAGUACCAUAAUACUGAUGUAGCAGUGUUGAUCUGGAGUUGUUACUGAAAAAUAACAAGGAGGAUUUUGAUUGUCUCA